AUCUGCUAUCACCUGUUAUCGCAACGUCAUUUACAGGGACUACAACCCACCAAGCUCAACAUUGAAGCUUCAUACACAAUAUUUAUUAUUUACCUAUUAUACCUACCUCAUAUACCUAUAGGUACCUACCUACAUACGACACAGCAGCAAACAGCUUGUCGCCCCAACCCAAGACACCAUGGCAGAAGACAUACCAACACAGAUCGCCGAGACGAUCCAGACAGCACAUAUCCAGCGGGACCCGUCGCCGCAGCACGACCUAAACCCGUCGUCCUCGCUAUCGGAAAAGCAGCCCGUGCAUCUGCAAGAAAGACGCUCGAUCGACUCGGACCUAGACGACUACGAGGAAGCCGACGACGACGAAAGCGAGAUCCCAAUCAGCGUGCUGAAGCCCCACCCCAGAUCCAGGAAUCUCCCGCCCAUGCCGGACUUGCGCUUCGAGCAGAGCUACCUGCACAGUCUCGCGAAGGCGGAUACGUGGUGGAAGGUGGCGUGGAUUACGGUGCGGGAUCAGAUGAUGAUGCCGUUCGCCCAAGGCGUCCUAUACAACCUGGCGCUGCACGGCUGGCACCACUGGAACAAGAAUGCCCAGAUCAGCGGGACCUCGGUGGGCGCGCGCCUGCGCCGCUGGUGGUACGGCGUCAAUAAAUGGCCGCUGCCCUCGCAGAAGAUGAUGGGAGCUGGCGCUAAGGUCAAGGCAAGAGCUUGAAUAUGCUUCAUACCUUAUACACACGCGCACACAUACACACACACACACACACACACACACACAUAUAUAUAUAUAUAUAUUACAUACGUACAGACCACAGAUACAACAGAAGAGAGAGAAUAACAUGGCGCGGCAGCAGUCGAGUCCCCGCCCACGCCCACAACCCGGUCUCGGUCUCGGGCUUGCUAGACGCGAGCGCUGCGAUAUGCCUAGUCUAUACGCGUGCUACGGACGGACAUGUCUCGGGGGCCGGAGCUGGAGCAUGUAAAGAAAGAAGCAGGAGUAGUAGCAAAAUGCCUAUCGUUGGAGUCUUGGUCUUGGGGGAAAACCGCAAAGUGACAUCUAUGUCUAUGCGAUUUUAUUAAUUAGGUACCUAGACAAGAAUAUAAGCCGUCAUAGGGGAAUAAGCGAUGGCCGACGUUGCGGCGC